AUGGCGUUUGUGUAUUGGGGUUUGCUUUUGUUGGCUGCGAUUGUUGGCUCUUCAGCAUCCGCUUCUGCGUCGGAUGGACCCAUAUGUCCUCCGACCACGACUCUUGGUCGGUCGAGUUUUCCCCAAGGUUUCAUGUUCGGUGCUGCUUCUGCUUCGUUCCAGUAUGAAGGUGCCGUUGAAGAAGGGUGCAGGGGUCCGAGUUUGUGGGAUUAUUACACUCUUAAACAUCCAGAGAGAACAAACUACGAUAACGCAGUCGAAGCGGUCGAUUUCUACCAUCGUUACAAGGAAGAUAUUCAGUUGCUGAAAAAAAUGAACAUGGAAGCUUUUAGAUUCUCUUUCUCGUGGCCCAGAAUAUUCCCUCAUGGAAGAAAGGACAAGGGAGUUAGCAAAGUCGGCAUCAAAUUUUACCACGAUCUCAUAGACGAGCUCCUUGCCAAUGGAAUAACACCUCUAGCGACUGUCUUCCAUUGGGAUAUCCCUCAAGAUUUGGAGGAUGAAUAUGGCGGAUUUCUAAGUGAACGCAUUGUGAAGGAUUUCGUAGAGUUUGCAAACUUCACGUUCAACGAGUACGGCCACAAAGUGAAAUACUGGAUAACAUUCAACGAGCCAUGGGUGUUCAGCCGAGCCGGUUACGAUAUAGGGAAGAAAGCUCCGGGACGAUGCUCCGAAUACGUCAAUCAGACGUGCCUCGGAGGAAACUCGGGUUACGAGCCUUACCUGGUUAGCCACAACCUACUCGUGGCUCAUGCAGAGGCCGUGCAAGAAUUCAGAAAUUGCAAAAGGUGCGAAGGUGGGAAGAUUGGGAUUGCGCAUAGUCCGGCAUGGUUCGAACCUCAUGAUCUGGAGACAAGUCCACAUGCCAAUGCUUCAGUUGAAAGAGCUCUCGAGUUCAUGUUGGGAUGGCAUAUAAACCCUACAACGUACGGAGAUUAUCCGCAAAUCAUGAAGGAUCAAGUGGGAGAUCGAUUGCCCAAAUUCACGGAAGAGCAGAAACAGAAACUGAAAACCUCGACAGAUUUCGUGGGGCUGAAUUAUUACACGUCGUAUUUUGCAGCCUAUAAGGGAGCGGUCGACCCAACAAAGCCAAGUUGGGAGUCUGAUUCUCUUGUAAAAUGGGAACCCAAGAAUGUGGAAGGGUUCAACGUUGGUAGCAAGCCUUCAACAGCAACACUUGCGGUCUAUGCCAAUGGGUUAAGAGAGCUUUUGAAAUACAUCAAAGAAAGAUACGGUGAUCCGGAGGUUAUCAUCGCAGAAAAUGGAUACGGAGAGAAUUUGGGAGAAAACGACAAACUACCGAAUGCGCUCGCCGACUACAACAGGAAAUAUUAUUAUCAGAGGCAUCUCUUAAGCCUACACGAAGCCAUUUGUGAGGAUAAGGUGAGAGUGACGGGGUAUUACGCGUGGUCGUUGUUAGACAACUUCGAGUGGCAAGACGGAUACGCGACAAGGUUCGGACUUUACUACGUCGACUACAGAAACAACCUGACCCGUCACCGGAAAGAAUCCGCCAAAUGGUUCACGGAAUUCUUGCUGCAGGAGAAACGCGACGAGCUGUAGAGAGGAAAUCAAA